GCCCCGGUUGCCAAACAACAACAAGCAUCAUUCAGUGUCAGCCACCGGUAGACGCUGGAGCCCAGUCGCCUCGUCAUUGCUUCUCUGCAACCUGUAAAUUUCCGCUUCAGUUCAACAUAGCUCCUCAGACAACACGGUGGGUUAAAAUUGUAGUCAGCCAUGUCUGCUGACCCCCUCCUCAAACACCCAAUCUACAUUGGUGAUUCGGUGUUACACAUCUUGCAACCCAAGCACCUUUCCAAACACUCCUGAGUGCUGAUGUCUGUGGCUACACGUCUUGGCUUAUUGCUGUUACUCGAAACUUGUUCUUCUAACCUCAUGAGGAGCAGGAUGUGUAGCAGACUUUGACAGCUUUGACCUCUCUGUGGAUAAGGACAGCAGAAAAGGAAAUUUCCCUGCAGGAACCAACACAUUGUCAGGCUGAUUGUUUAAAAGCUGGUAGCACCUCGUCGAAGUCAGGGCCUUCAGCCUCAGACCGGGCAUCCCUAGCCUCCUUCCCCUUCACCACAGUACCAUGCUGGCUGCACUUCUGCGGAGGAACAUGUCUCAGAAGCUGAGUUUGCUGCUCCUGGCAUUCGGCCUUGCAUGGGGACUUAUGCUCCUGCGCUACACUGUGCAGCAGCCUCGCCAUCAGAGCAGUGCUGAGUUGCGUGAGCAGAUACUGGAGUUAAGCCGGCGAUAUGUCAAAGUGCUGACAGAAGAGAACCAGAAUGCACCAGGUGGGCUGCAGGGAACCUCCAUGGCUGGUUAUGCUGACCUGAAGAGGACUAUAGCUGUGUUAUUGGAUGACAUUCUGACACGGCUCAUCAAACUGGAGGGGAAAAUUGAACUGGUGGUCAAUUCCUCCUCCAUAAACAGCUCCCACACAGCAGGGGGCCUACUUGCAUCUGCUCCUGCUGCUCUACAGAAAGCCGCGAAACGGGAGAAACCUGGAAGUCACCCAGGGAAAUCUCGCCUUCAUCCACACAUCCCUAAUAGGGCUCGACCACAUUAAAAAGGAUAGAUAUAUUGAUUUCUUUUUUUUUAAAUAAGCACACCAAGUUUUGCAUCAUUUAUGGCUGAUGGAACAACAUCAGAUUAAUGAAGAGCUACAGGGAUACUUACAGACGUUCAGAAGCUUAAGUUGUGGGAUGUGUUUCAGAAAUCUUCAUCAUCUUUAACUCAGAAGAAAGAGGACCUCUUUAGUCUCUGGCCAAUUGUAUGCUGACAUUUAUUUAUUUUGUUUUGUACCGAGACUUUCAGCGCAACUUUUUGUUUUGUAUUUCCAUUGCUGAAAUUAUUUUGCUUAAUUUUUUUUUUUUUUCAAAUUUAAUAUUUGAAUCAUGUGACUGUUAAGCAUACGCAAAAGUGUUUCUGAAUUCCAAAUGCGUAAUCAUAAAACCAGCUUAAAAUGCUCUCCCAUCACCAACAGUUUCACAAUACUACUUCAAACAUAUCAGAAUGCUGUACACGUAUGAUAGCUAACAAUACACUUUCAGUUUUUAGCUGCCACAGUUGCUAAAUACUAAAGAACUUGAAGAAGAUUCUUUUUUUUUUUUUUUAGUUUAAUGCUAAUAAAGGUUUUAAGGCUAAAUGAACUACGUAGUUUGCUCGUAACAAAUAAUCCAAAGAAUAUUAUUUGCACUCCAUAUGAAGGCAAUAUAAAUGUCUUAUGUGCCGUUUAGUGAGGUGUAUGGAGAAUAUGAUCAGGCGAUGCCUAUUUGCCACUGUGAAUGCAUGUAAGUGUGUGUGUGCUUGCUUUGUCUCAUUUCAAAUCCAGUCAAAUCCUUGAACUGUGCUGAGCAAAGAGACUGAAUGUACUGCACAGUGAGUUUUUACUCCUCUGAUACUGUUAAGGUAACUGACUCACUGCUUACGCAUAUUCACGGUGCACUGUGACUAUAGAAAUUUUCUAAAAAUGAAUUUAUCCGUGUUGGACUUGAAGGAUGUGCUCCUUGGCAUGGUUAACAGUUUUUUUUUUUUCCCCCUGAGAAAGAUAAACUUCAGUUUUCAAUUUGCUUGUCAUGAUGCGGGGGUGGGGUGUUGUAUGAGACAUUGGAAGCAGAAUAAAAUGUAGUUAAAGGAUCGGCUUUGCUUCAGGUUAGCUGUAUGUGGAGGCCACAGGACUAAAUUAUUGAGCUAUGGUGUAGCAAUGCUGGGAGAUGGCGUUACUGAUACAACCCUGUUUCCAAAAAAACUGUGUAAAAUAUAAAUGAAAACAUUGUUUCUCAGAGAGCCUAGUCCAAAACUGAAAGAAAAACUAAAUGACAUAUCUUUCAUUGAGAAUGUUGUUUUUUUUUAGUGGAGGACUAGGCAUAAUGCAUGUCUGGGAAGCUUGAUUUAAAAUAGAACCAAAACAGCAUUUCAAAUGUUGAAAUGAUCUUUUUAUUCACGUGUUUAACGACAAACACAGUAAGGGUUUCUGACUCCAGCUUUCAAGGUGCACAGUGGACUCCAGGAGCAAUCGUAAUAUAAUAAACAACUUUAUUGCUAGCUUGUGACCUUUGGAGGGGUCAUUGUGCCAUUUUUAUGAGCUAAAGUUAAAAUGUCACAUUCCAGCAAUGAAGUUGCUCCAUAUACUUUAAAUGCAGCAUUUUGCAGAACUUUUUUUUUUUUUUUUUUGGAAACAGGGUUAUUAAAUCAUUCUCAUUUAAACUGUCAAAUUUGCCACCAAAAAUAAAUAAAUAAAAAAUAUGCCCUUAGUUGUGACACAAUGUGCCUCGCAAAACUGAAUUUUUGGAGGGUAUGAAUGACUUGACUUUUAAAGUGAGGUUGAAAAUGUACGCGUCAGAUUGUUUCAUGUCCUGUAACAGAAAGCAGCAAACAAAGCAGUUACCUCCAUCUUCAACAUGCUUUUGUCAUCAUGUUUCUUUUACAUGACUGUGGACUGUAUUCUGGCUCCAGCGACCACUAUCUGCAACGAGUGCUUUUGCUCUCCUGGAGAAUAAAUUGUUCGAUACUGUGUGGCACUAGUUCUUUG